UCGCAUUCCACGGCCUGCCAUCGGUUGCGAGCGUACCUCUUGGAAAUGACAUCGGUAAUUUUGGCCAGAUUGGCAUCAAUCUGUAAACAGAUGUCCAACUACAUCAAGACAAACUCACCCUUUGUGAUCGAGGUGCUGAUGGUGUCGCUCUGCUUUGGCGCUAUAAUCAGCAGAUAUUUAAUACUGACCUAAACGGAAUACAUAUAUUCAAUGAAACAAUGUAAAUAAUAAAAUGAAAUAACGGAAACU